UAUAUUUUGCGCCCAAUUGUGUUUUUGGGAAAGAUAAAGAAGCUAGAAAAGCAGUGGCUGCCUACUUGAUUCUCUCUACUGUUGAUGAACACAGCAUUUUCUAGCCCAAUCCUUCAUGACAGUAACCUCUUUCCUUUAUCAUUACAUGUAAACCUAGUCAUCAUCCUUUUGCUUUCUCUCUCUCUUCUCUACUAACCUUUCAUCCACAACACCUUUUGGCUUUUCCCCUUCUAUAUCUCCUAUCUUCAUUCUAUUAGCGUUGUGUUUUUUAAGCACUACUAUUGUAUGAAUCUCACUAAAAAUCCAUAGGGUUCUUCUCCUGAAACCCAGAAAACACCUCUGAUUAUGAUGGCCAAAGUAGCUUCAAAGGGGCUGUUCUUAUUCUUCUUGUCUCUUCUCACUCUUAGCUCUUCAGGAACUUUUGUGGGUUUCUCCUACAAUGCCAGAGGAAUCACUUCAGCUGCUUCACUUGGCAGAAUAGUAUCAUUUCUUGAGCUAAACAAGGUCUCUGCAAGUCAUAUUCGAGUUUUUGCUGCAGAUCACAGGGUUUUGAGUACACUUUCCAACUUUAAUGUGUCUGCCGAUCUUUAUUUAGAUGACAGCUUGGUUGAGAAAUUGACAAAGUCUAAACCAUCUGCCAUUUCUUGGCUUAAGGCCCAAAUAGUGACCUUUCUGCCCCAUGUGUACAGUAGCAUCAUUGUAAGUGGCAACAAUGGCUUGUCAAAGCUUUUAUCCGCCUUGAAAUCAAUCCAUUCUGUCCUGAGUAGUUUUCAUGUUGACAAUGAAGUUAAGGUCUCAGUAGCAUUUUCUCUGUCAUUCUUAGAAAAUUUGAAUAGAACACAAGAAAAAGAUCUCCGUAGGAUUUUGGGAUUUAUCAAGAGAACUACGUCUUUUGUCAUUGUAGAAACCAGUCUUGAUAUGGAUGUAGAACUGGGCAUGAAAGAUUUGUUUAUUCAAUCAAUGAUCCAAAAAGUUGCAGUUGCCACUUCUCUACUUUCUCCCAAUGAUGCUCCCAUAGUUAUGAUUAUCAAGAGCCUUGUUAUUCCUGGUGCAAAAGAAGUAGCUGAAUUUGGAGAUAGGGUUUCAAAAUCUUUAGAAAACACUAAGAUCAGAGGUCAGGUAGCUGGAUUGUAUGCAGAAGUAUCUUCUGUAGAAGAUUUCGCGGAAAAAGAGCUGGAGAGGGAACAUGAACAAAUCUUUCCUUCAUCUCGAAGAGAAAUCUUGAGAAACUUCAAAACUACUUUACAUGAUGAUAUAAUUAAUCCACCUACAGUUUUUCCAACAAAUCCUGGAUCGACUCCACCUGUCGUCACUCUCCUGCCAGAUACUCCAACACCAACAAUAGUCACUGUCCCUGCUACCAAUCCAGUCACUGUAACACCUACCAAUCCUGUAUCCACUCCAUUACCUUUCCCCAACACCACACCUGUCAAUGUCCCCCCUACAAACCCUUCUGUCAAUCCACCACCACCAAUUACCAAUCCAGUCACAACACCAGCACCUAUUACAGUUCCAGGUGCACAACCUGUAAGUCCUGUGACAACAUAUCCAGCCCCAGCAGGCAAUGUUCCAGUCACAGCACCAGUGACAAAUCCUGUGGCACCUCCUGCUACGACAAAUGCUCCAGCAAUUCCAGGACAGAGCUGGUGUGUUGCAAGGUCCGGAGUGAUGGACACAGCACUUCAGUCAGCGUUAGAUUAUGCAUGUGGAAUGGGAGGUGCUGAUUGUUCACAGAUCCAGCAGGGUGGGAAUUGUUACAAUCCAAACUCUCUUCAAAACCAUGCCUCGUAUGCAUUCAACAGCUAUUAUCAGAAGAAUCCUGUGGCAACUAGCUGUGAUUUCGGAGGGACUGCCACUACAGUUAAUGUGAAUCCAAACUUGCAUAACAUUGAAACAGGCACUGGUUCCUGCAUUUAUCCGUCAUCAUCAUCAUCAUCAUCAUCAUCCACUCCGUCAUUGCCAGCGACCACAACUUCACCUGCAAAUCCAGCGACAACUUCACCUGCAAAUCCAGCGACAACAUCACCUGCAAAUCCAACAACAUCCCCACCGGCGAUCGGUGUGCCAGGCGCCCCCCCAUCAGUUUUGAACUCAUCAACCAACCCUGCCUCAAGUUUCGGUUUCAAUACUCCUCCUGCUCUCAACUCUUCAGCAUCCAAGUCAGCUACUUUGCAGCCAUUUAUUGGUUGUGCCAUUUUGGUAACAUCAUUUGUUGCCAGAACAAUCAUUCUAGACAACUAGAAUAAAGAUUUUCUUUAUGCUCGCCAAUGGAUUGGAAGCUCAUGCUUCCGAAUUCCAGCAGUUUCAAAGUUCUGUACAGAUGAAUCAUCUUUGAUAGUAAAGAAACUGGAGGCAAGUUCCACAAGAAUGAAUUACAACACCAAGAUCCUGACAAACAUUUUCUGGCCAGCCGGAGGUUGCGCAGAAUGUAAAGACUUUUACUGCUGAAGGUACAAAUCAAUUUCUACAUGUUUAAUAUUAGGCUGCUAGUAGUGAAGGGUAAUGAGGUUGGAUAGUAGUUGUUCAAUACCAAUUUUGUUCCUGUAUAUUUUCACAACGUAGUUUGGAGAUUCUGAUUAAUCUAGUUAAAUAAUUCACAAAGAGGAUCGCUUAUUUUAGCAAA